AUGAAGUUGAACUCGAUUGCCCUCACCCUUGCCACGGCCGGCCUGGUCGCAGCCCAGCCCCACGCCCACGGCCACCGUCACCCCCAAAGACGUACUGUCGACACCUCGGGAACCGUCGUCGAGUACGAGCUGAACGGUCAGCGCAUCAGCGCCGAGGAAGUCUGCAAGGGUAUCGCCGACGGUACUCUCUUGUGGGCUGCUGGCGUCGCCCCUCCCGGCGCCUGCCAGAGCUCCAGCAGCAGCGCGACUCCUUCGUCCACUCCCACUCCCACUCCCACCCCCACUCCCUCUGUCGCCCCGGCCGAGUUCCUCCAGACUUCUUCGUCCGCCACUUCUACUCCCACCAGCUCCUCGACCCAGGCUGCUUCCUCGACUCCCGCCGCUAGCAGCUCUAGCAGCUCUUCUUCCUCUGCCACCGGUAUUGAUGUCGACUUCCCCGAUGGGGAGAUCGACUGCAGUACUUUCCCCUCGGACUAUGGCGCUGUUAAGCUCGACUACCACGGCCUUGGCGGUUGGACCGGUGUCCAGAAUGUCACUGCUGAAAGCAACGGUUUGUUGAGAAUCCUCGCGACUCUCCUCACCCGUGAUAGCUGCAUUUCGGGAACCUAUUGUUCGUAUGCCUGUCCCGCUGGCUACCAGAAGUCCCAGUGGCCUACCGAGCCGGGAGCCGAUGGCCAGUCCAUUGGUGGUCUUGAGUGUCGCAACAACAAGCUGUACCUCAGCAACCCCGAGCUCUCCAGGAAACUGUGUAUUCAGGGUACUGGUGGUGUUUACGUUCAGAACAAGGUCGGUAAGCAGGUUGCUGUCUGCCGUACCGACUACCCUGGUACUGAAGCUGAAACCAUUCCUCUGGCCCUUACCGACUCUACCGUUCAGCCAUUGACCUGCCCUGACGGUGCGACGUACUACAAGUGGACGGGCAAGAGCACCUCUGCCCAGUACUACGUUAACCCCAAGGGUACCUCCAUCGAGGAGGGAUGCGUUUGGGGUGACGGCAGCAAGCCUGUCGGUAACUGGGCUCCUAUGAACAUGGGUAUUGGCGAGAACAACGGCAAGUGGCUCUCGCUCUUCCAGAACACCCCGACCACCAACGUCAAGCUCGACUUCUGUGCCAACAUAACGGGUGACCACCUCAGUGGCUCGUGCAGCUACGAGAACGGUCAAUACAUUUCCGAGUCUGGAAGCAACGACUCUGGGUGCACUGUGGAGGUUAUGUCCGGUGAUGCAACCAUCCAGUUCUACGACUGUUAA